AAGUAGCUGGAUCGUGAAUCGUCGCGAGUGUUUUAUUGAUGUUGAAUAUUCUGUUAUCGAAAUGGAAACGUAGCGACAUAAAUACUGUGUUAUCAAUGAUGCAACUAAAUUUGUGAUAAACGCGUUCGAUAGCCAUUUGUGCCGUAAUUAGAAUUAUGUCAAACGAUACUGAUUUGUUUAUAUCGAUACCGCGUUCUUCUUUAGCGGAAUUCUGUAAUAAAUAUCAUAAAUUAGUCGAAACUUUUUACUACGUUACGCUUUCUGAAACUACAUCAGUGGUUGCUGAGCGAAAUAAGGAUUUGGUUUACUUCAAAGUUUUAUUUAAUUUAAAUCCGGUGGACGAAAAAUUCAACCCCCAGGAAUUGGUGGAAAGAAUUCAGAAAUAUGUGGAGUCAUCACUGGGAUGGGCUGCAGAACGUGGCGAGGACUCGAGUUACGACUCGGAGUGCGAGGACGAGGGCGGGCACCGGACCGCGUCGCGUACUCCCUCCGACACCCUCGCGGCGGAGUUCGCAGAGUACGUCACACUUGCGCCGGCGCCGCCGCAGCCUAACCAGGCAAAAAUCGAGUUCGCCGUGAAACUCGGCUAUUCUGAGAGCCUAGCCCGCACGGCACUGAAGCGCUUAGGGCCGGACCCGCCUCGCAAUGAACUGUUAGCCGAGCUGAUAAAGCUAGCGGCGAAGCGGCCACAGAGGGCCCCUUCGCCACCGCAGCCCCUCGACCCCGAGCCGACACCGGACCGGGCGCCGCUGAGACACAUCGUCAUAGAUGGCAGCAAUGUCGCUAUGAGUCACGGCAACAAAGAGGUGUUCUCAUGCCGAGGUAUCGAGAUUUGCGUGGACUGGUUCCGCGCGAGAGGUCACAAGGAAAUCACGGUCUUCGUACCGAAGUGGCGGAAAGAAGCUUCGAGACCCGACAACCCCGUGUCCGACCGCGACUCGCUCGAGCGGUUGGAACGUGAUCGCGUGCUGGUCUACACACCCAGCAGGCUCCUUGGCGGGAAACGCCUCAUUUGCUACGACGACAGAUACAUACUGAGACUCGCCGCAGAAACGGACGGAAUUGUAGUUUCUAAUGACAACUACAGAGACCUAGCAGCAGAGAGCCCCGAAUUCAGGAAAGUUAUCGAGGAAAGGUUGCUCAUGUAUUCCUUCGUCAACGACCGGUUCAUGCCGCCAGACGACCCUCUCGGUAGGUCUGGACCGACGCUAGACGCUUUCCUCCGCGCCCCUCCUUCCCGCGCUGACCCCCCACCCCCCUGCCCCUACGGAAGGAAAUGUACGUACGGCAACAAAUGCAAGUUCCACCACCCAGAAAGAGCCGGCAGACCGCACAAGUCGGUCGCGGAAAAAUUGUCUGAACGCGCGGCCAGGAAAGCGCAUUUGCACACCCUAAGCCUGCCGCCUGGUGGGAGACCGACGGAUAAUAAGAAGCCGUUAGCGAGAGCACAUUCAGCCACUCCAAGAUUGGCUGAUCCAACGCUUGCAACACAUUUCGAUAGAGCCCAAAUUCAACCGGGACCUUCACACCCCCCACCCGACGCGAAUCCGCAUAGGAAACUAGCUCGACAGCUAACAUUGAACCCGGCGUGUGAUCCGAGAUUACACGCAACUGCCGCUAGAGUAUCGUCUGCGCCUGUCGGCGCUAUGGGUGCUAUGCCCCCACACAUGGCCGGAGUGUCCAUAUCUCCUUGCGCAUCAGAAGGCGCUCUCCAACUCUGGGAAGCCAGGAGACGAAUGCACUAUCACUUGGCUAACAUCUUUCCAGAAGCGCAAGUCGCGGAAGUAAUGGCUGCGUACCCAGAAGAAACGGACGCGCAGAAGAUGUGCGCUAUCAUCCUGGCGCGGUACAGGCCGAGCGAAGCGACACUUCCUCAUCCUAUACACUGAGGAGACAAAUUCAAAUAAUGGUCGAGGAUUAUUCUCAAUUUAUGUGGAAAUCGAGCUUUAAUUCGCCGAUCAAUUCAGGAUUUGAAUAUGGAAUUGAUUCUAGCUUUGCAUACCUCAUUUAAAUUAUUUGGCUAAAUGAGAAGUAGUGGACCUGUGGAGCUCAGGAUUAUAGAAAGAUUGUCGAUGUUGUUGCCUUGCUGCGUUUGAAACAACGAAAUCUCUUGACGCUUUAUGUCACUAUUAUUAUUUGGAUUGACUUGCUGUGCCAAUGUAUGAAUGGUGAUUUUAUCAUUCGAAGGCAUUUAGUUGACUUUUUUUAUGUGCUUCUAAGAAGCAUAUGGUGUUAUUUAAUUGACUUAAAUUUAGACACCAUUUAAAUGUACAAAUUCAUGUUAAAUUUAUACUUUUUUCAUUGUAUCAUUAAAGGUAAUCACAAUAAAUAACCAUUUUAGAAAUUCUAGUGCCUCAAAUAACAUUGCCCUUUUUAUAUCCUCUUUAAUAGGCUUUUAAUAACAUAGUUUUAUAUUGCAAUAACAUUAGAUAAAGUUGUGUGAUGGUAUAAAUCAUUAUUGGUACUAUGUACCAAAUUGAAUUCUUUAUCUUAUAGUUAAUAAAUUAUAAGUUUUAUAGGUUAUAUGAUAUAUAAUAUAUGUCCCUAAUAAAUUUAUUUACAUUUAUCAAAAUCAUGAUUUUGUAUAAAAGCAUAGCUUAACUAAAAUGCACCUUUGGCGUUGGCCAAUUUAUUAUUGUAUAAGCAAAAUAAGACAUUUAAUAUAGGGUAACAUAUAUAUGGUCACUGUAUAACAUAUUUUAUUGUUGAAGGCCAGAUAAAAGUAAAAUAGUCAUUUUAUAUAGAAAUAAUUUUGUAACACUGUUUGAUUUGUAUUAAAUUGAACUUAUGAAAACCUUAAUGCAAUGCAUACAAUCGUAAGAUAUAUGUUAUCUACAAAUGUGAAGUGCUCCAUACAUUUUUGUAGUUAUUUUUUUAUUAUUUUAUGGAGUAUUGCACUUAGUAUAAUAACGGGAAUUGAAUUUCACCAACAGUAUAUGUAAAACAUCUUAUGUGUUGAUGAAAUUUGAUUGAUUGAGUACUCAAAAUAGAAAUACAUCAUACAAGCUUUUUGCAAGAUUUUGAGUACUAUGGAAACAUUUCCUAGAGAAAUGGCAAACAUUGUUGUCUUUUUUGACAUAGGUAUAGCAAAAUAAAUAAAUAAAUUGUCAAA